AUGGCUACUACCGACAUAGUGGCAACGAACAUUGUAGAUCAUGGUACACCAUUGACCAUGCCUAGCGAACAAGAUGUUAAUCAACGAUUGGAGAUGAUCAACAAACUCAAAUUCUUCUUGGCCACGGCACCCAAUGAUUGGGAAGGCAUCCCAUCCGACACACCUAUCAAGCGCUAUUCCUUGGCUACGGGAGAAUUCAUUUCAUGUGUCCACUGGGGUCAUGGCUUUUUCAUUUCGGGCACUGAUAUUGUACGCAGCUUGGUCUUCCGUUUCCAUGCAUUUGGUCGCCCUGUGCAAAAUCUCAAAAAGUUUGAAGAAGGUGUCUUUAGCGAUCUACGCAAUCUUAAGCCUGGAACGGAUGCAACACUCGAAGAACCCAAAUCCAGCUUCCUUGAUUUACUAUACAAGCAUAGUUGUAUCCGCACACAAAAGAAGCAAAAGGUGUUCAACUGGUAUUCGGUGCCGCAUGAUCGCCUUUUCCUUGACGCUCUCGAACGCGAUUUAAAGCGUGAGAAGCUUGGUGUGGACCCCACAUCAGUGGCCGUUGCCAAUCCUGCUGUAUCUAUUUCACUCGACACAACACAAGCCAUGUUUGAUGAGUUCCGUAAAAAUCUCUUGAGCGAACUCGAAUUGGAUGCAUGUCUUAGCAAGGCUGCUGCUGCUGCUUCAGGUUGUUCACCAUCCACAUCAUCGCCUUCACCUCGUCCUAUCUCAUGUUCCUAUUCAGCACCUUUGAUUCAGCGUCAUGAGAACCCUGCUAUUCGAAAGGCGUCAAGUGUGUUUGGUCAUUUUGAUCUCUUUGAUGGCUCGCCUACAUACAAACAACGAAGACGCCGCACCGUUUCCUCGUCCAACAAUAACAACUCUGGAAGUUGCAGUUUUGAUAACGACUCCGAUAAGGCAGCUGGUGCAGAUGAUCAAUCAUCACGUUUUUACACGUGUCCUCUUAGCUCGUGUGGCAAGUUGUUUAAGCGGCUUGAACAUCUCAAACGCCAUUUGCGUACUCAUACGAUGGAACGGCCAUACCUGUGUCACCUUUGUGGUAAGCGCUUCUCCCGAUCCGACAAUCUUGCACAACACAAAAAGACGCAUGAACGCCGCCAACACCAUCAACGACCCAAGAUUGAUACCAACCUUGCCAAUCGUCAACAACGUCAACAACAACAACAAUAUCAGCAACCACCCAAAAUCGAUUACUGGGGAGCUGCACCCUCCACGUCAACAUCCUCGUCAUCAUCAUCGUCAUCCAAUUCCUCCUGCUAUUCAUCACCAUCCGCUUCAUCAUCGACGUCGUCCAUGGCAAUGCAUCAAUCCGAUAAAUUUGAAUGGGAAUCGACAUGCAAGUGGUUUGAUAUGACACAGCUGGAAUAUGUACCAUAUCAACAACACACAACAAUGCAUCCACAAAAUGCUACCACAACCACCACGUUGCCUCAUCACCAUCAUCAGCACCAUAGCAACCAUCACCACAACAACACCACAACUACAGCCAAUGCCACAACCCUUGUUGCAAGCGACAUGUACACUACAUCCACAGCCUUUGAGCCUGCAGCAUUUUACGCACCCACAGCAGCUCCAGACACUACCAUGCGACCUGCAGACGUGCUAAUGCAUUAUUAA